GACAGACAAACAAGAUGAAACUUUUGAAACAGUUCUGACGAAAGCAGAUCUUGCUAUCUACACACACAUUAUCUAUCUCGAUGUGUGCCCGGACAUCGUACGAACAAGGUGUGAGGCAGACAUGAAAAGCGGAAAACGUAUACGAAACAUGAUCAACACCAACAUGUUGGACUCUACUACUACUGGCAGGAGAGAAAGACAGAAACUGCAAGAAUGGAUCAAGUUUGAGAAGGAACUUUUGUUGAAAGCUUUUGGUGAAGACAGAGUCGAGAUUCUGAAGGUCACGAGUACUACAGCCAGAGACUCGAAAGACCACGAUUUGAUGUUGAAUCCUCACCUUACGUCGAAAUCGACCAGCAUCUCUGCUUUUCUUGGUGCUGGAUUUCCUUGUACAACGACUGCGAAGGGUUAUUUCGGGCGUGAUGAUCGUGUGGUAGAUCCAAUAUCGAAGUCUUUGUCCACGGCAAGAAGAGCAACAGACUUGCAACAAGUGAUAGAAACGCGACUUCUCACCUUGCACCAGAAGCAGAAUUCCGAAGUGCACCUGGAACAAAAGCUAGACGAAGUACUUCCUUCAGGAGGGGCUGAUGUUGUGCUUCUGUUUGAUGCGGACCGGACGCUUUCGCCUUCAGAUACGGGAGCUCUGUUUUGGGACAUCGUCCAACAAGACUUGAACAAAGAAUUACGUGGUACUACUACCUCCACUACAAGAACCACUAGCACGUCGCCUCUGAAAAAAGUCUUCACCCAAGAUUAUCACUACGGGGAGUUUUUACAAGCGGCAAAGCUGUAUCAAGGUUGCGCUGAAGGAAAAAAUAUCUACCCCGCUGCAAAGGCCGGCGAAGAGCACUUCUUGGAACGACGAUGUAAUCUCAACCAGCAGGAAAAGCUACCAGAAGCGCUAAAAGAUGAUGAUGAGCAUUCAAGUAGUACAGGCUCGCCGGGUCGCUGUUCUUGGACCACUGCCAGCAGUAAAUCCAGAGAGGGAGCAGAACAUGAGAACGACCCCUCCUCUUCACCACCUUUACUUUCCUACGAAGAAGUGUGUCACGUAGUAGCUGGCAAAGUCGACCUGUACCCUGAACUGGAAAAACUUCUCAAUUCCGUUUCCGACAUCAACAUUGUUGCAAAAAAUUCUAGUCCAGCAAAAAGUAUUGCUGUUGUGGUAGUUACCUGCAGUCCUAAAGACGUGUGGGAUCUGAUUUUGCGUGAAAGAUUCCCUAGUGCUGUGAAUUUUAGAGUGGUUGGGACGGAUCUUGGAGUAAAUGGAAGUAAGCCCUUGAUAGUGGACCAUCACGUGAAAAAAUUGGUGGCGGAAGGGAUGCGGAGAAGGAGUCGUACCUAUCUUAGACCUUUGGUUUUGUUUGAUCUGUACCUAAAAACACGCUCGCUGGUUCUUCCGGAUUAACGACUAGGACUAGAAGGCAAGGAUCGUGAAACGACUUGUCUUGUUGUGUUCAUCAUCAGGAUAGUGAUCCUAGUGCUGUUAGUCUUUGGGGAUCGGGAUCGGACGAACUUACUCGGAUCAGGUUGAUCUUGACCUUGAGCCAGAUCUACUAGUUUAUUUAUGAUCUUCAUCCUCACAGUAUUCAAGUUUGUUCAAAAAUCAACAAGAAGCAGCCAUAUCAUUCCAUCAUAUGUCAUGAUGAUUCCCCAAUUCGACAUCUCAACAGCCGGGUGCCGAAUUGUCUCCUUUGGUGACAGCGUCUUGGACGUGCCGAUGCUGAUGGCGUCAGAUUAUGGUUUUGCAGUCGUCAGUUCCAGUCGCUCUACUGCAUUUCCAGAUUCGUUGAGAGAAGUCCAAGACAAAGCUGCCUCAGCACAACAACACUUUGGCCAGCAAGGCAAGAUCAAGAAGUUACAACUAUCGAUGCCACAAGGAGGGAAUCACCAACACCUCCGCUCCAAUAUCGACUUGUUCGAUUUCUUAGAAAAGGGUACAAUUAAGGGUAGGUUAAAGGUGCUUUUCUUACCGCUUUUUAUGCCUCUCCUAAGGGAGAAAGGCAUAAAAAGCGGGGUAAGCGAGCACCAAAAACCUACCUCUAAUACAAUGAAGGACGUGAAAAAAGCGGUUUUUGGAGGUCUAGAGAAACUACUGCUGAAACGAGAACUUGAGUAUUAUUCGGAGGACUUGGAGAAGAACGAGAUGACGAACAAGACAAAGGCACCAAGCACUACUAGCAGUACCGCCAAUGGAUCAAAAACCGUUCAUCAUAUUAACUCAACCUCGACGACAUCAACCCCGUCGACAACUGUAACGACGACAUCCUUAUUAGGGUUAUCCUCUUCAUUUCCUCGUCUCCUCUUCGAUGGCACUUCUUUUCCAAGUUGUCAAGAACUCUCUACUAGGAUGCGCAAUGCAAACUGCAACGGCCCUGAUCUCCUCUCGGUACACGAAGAAGCGGGUAAAUUUUUGGCCGAGAAGAUUUUAGACUGCUGUAUUGGAGUCGAGCACUGCGAAAUCCCACAUGUACAAGGUCGGAAGGCUACUGGGUUUGCAGUGCCUACGACGAAAAUCGCUGUUGUGGGGAUCAUGCGAGCGGGACUAGGAUUGGCAUUAGGAGUGUGGAAACGUCUAGGGUUAAGCAGUGCAUUGGCGGGGACAACUACGACCUUGGAAAACAACAGCACAUCAGCGAAUCAGAACAAUGUUAGUCUAGAACUCUUGAAAUACCCUAAACAAGAACUAGUGAAUCGCGAAAAAUCGCCCUGUCUGUCAGAUGAUAAGAGUAUCAUAGUGUUCGUAGAUUCUGUGAUUAACAGCGGCAAAACAAUUAUCGAGUUUGUGGAGCACAUAUAUGAGCAGCGGCAAAAAACAGGUGUGGCACAGAUAGAGGAACUGAAAAUCAUCGUCACAACCGGUGUAAUCCAAGCAGAAAGCCUGAGUGAAGGCAGUGAUUUUAUGCAGCGCCUGCGAAACAUGAAUGUGGAACUCGUCACGUUACGUGUAUCCGAAAACAAAUACAAAGGUGUAGGACAAACUGAUACAGGCAAUCGUAUAUUUAACACAGCGUAAAAUUCGCUGAACUACUACUAGGAUUAGGAAUAGAUAAGUAGUAUGUACUUACGUAGGACAUAGGAGUGGAUCAUUUCUAAAAGAGGUGGACAUAAGAUGAUACUUAGAAAAAGUAUGAUACAAGCGUCAGAAUAUGUGAACUACUCCUUUCGAGUAG